UCUUUGUUACCAUAUCUAUAUCUAUAUCUCUAUAUAUAUGGAGAGAGGGGAAUAUCACGUCAUAUGACUAAAGAAAUUAGGGUUUUAGUCCUGGAGAGAUGAGGCGGAAACUGAAAGGUGCAUUCGCCGGAAAACAACACAAAGUGGUUGACGGAGAGACAGCCGCAGCAGAGAGAAGCAUACACAAAGAAGAUGACGGGGAGAUGCUUGGAGAGGAAGGCGGCGCAGAGAAGGACGACGUGGCUGAAGGUGACAGAGUGGGAGACAGAGUUGAGUUCGGAGGGACCGAACAUUUUAUAAUAGACAUUUUCGAAAACGAAAUAUUGGAGUUAGGAGACAGCGUGGACUGGAACUUCAAAAACUUCAAAACAUUCGACGCCCUCAAAGGAGACGCCCCUCGAGACCACCACUUCUAUUACAGCCGAUACUCAGCUGCCUCCAACGUUAACGUUGAGAGAGAGUGGAGGGGCCUUGACGGUCAUUCCUCUGUCGAUGGCUUCCGCUUCUUCAUCAGAGCUUACAAAGGUCGCAAGGAUCUCAUGAGACUCGCUGUUUCCGUCUCAUACCCCCACAUUCCCUUCUGUCACGAGUUUUCUUUCAGGUUAGCCAGCAGUAGAUCCAAACCCUUUAACGUAUCUGACAUUUUUACGCACGUACAAGAUACCGUAUUGAACCCCAGAAACAACACCAAGCAGAAGUUUGCAUGCUUCUGCCUGACCAUGCUUGAUAUGUUGAGACGGCCACCCACCGGGUUCGAGGACUUGGUCAAAGGGCAUUUUCGGCUGAACGCGGCUGCCAUCCUUCGGACUUUCUUGGGGGUGAUGGAUAUGGAGGAUGAUGCGAACAAGACCAUCUUCUUCAAGAUGUACAUUGCCUUUGAAGAGAACGAUGCCUAUUGUCAGCAUCUCCUGGACGAUGGUCUGAGACAAGGGCUCAUCAGACACAGGGAGAGAGAGAGUUCAGGUGAAUCAUCGUCAUCAUCUAGAAGGUGCUCAAAAGCCGACAGUCUGUGGGGUAGAUUCUUCUCUUAGGCCUUCUCAAAUGUAUAAAUUCUUUUUCUUCCCUUGGGUUAUCUCAAAUCAAUCGUUUGUUUUGGUCCCACAAAAAUAAAAGCUGAAAUAAAAGGGCCAUCCACAAGAAUAUUUGUGCGACUGCGUUGGAGGUUUCAUGGUUUCAUCUAGUUGUC